AACUCUUUCAGACUCACCCAACCAGCUGCUAACUUCCUCUAUGAAGAGAGUAAGGCAGCGCUCCAUUCCACAAUGGCCUCCCUUGCUGCUGCAAAUGCAGAGUUUUGUUUCAAUCUGUUCAGAGAGAUGGAUAACAAUCAAGGAAGUGAAAAUGUGUUCUUCUCUUCUCUGAGCAUCUUCACUGCCCUGGCCCUGGUCCGUUUGGGUGCACGAGGUGACUGUGUCUCUCAGAUUGAUAAGAUGCUUCACUUCAACACAGCCUCGGGAUGGGGAAGCUCUUCUCAGGCUCAGCCGGGACUUCAGUCUCAACUGAAAAGAGUUCUCUCUGAUAUAAACACAUCCCAUAGGGAUUACGAACUCCACAUCGCCAAUGGUCUUUUUGCAGAAAAAGUGUUUGACUUUCAUAAGAACUAUAUUGAGUGUGCUGAAAAAUUAUACAAUGCCAAAGUGGAACGAGUUGACUUCACAAAUGAUGUAGAAGAUACCAGAUAUAAAAUCAAUAAAUGGAUUGAAAAUGAAACACAUGGCAAAAUUAAGAACAUCUUUCGAGCAGGUAGCAUAAGUUCUUCGGCUGUAAUGGUGCUGGUGAAUGCUGUGUACUUCAAAGGCAAGUGGGAGCUGGCCUUCACCAAAAAUGAAACUGUAAAUUGCCUGUUCAAAUCUCCCAAGUGUCCUCGGAAAGCAGUUGCCAUGAUGCAUCAAGAACGGAAGUUCAAUUUUUCUGUCAUUAGAGACCCACCCCUACAGGUUCUUGAGCUCAAGUAUCAUGGUGGCGUAAGCAUGUUCAUUGUGCUGCCUGAAAAUGACCUGUCCCAAAUUGAAAACAGACUGACCUUUCAGAAUCUAAUGGAGUGGACCAAUCCAAGAAAAAUGAGCUCUCAGUAUGUUGAGGUGUUUCUUCCUCAGUUCAAGAUAGAGAAGAACUAUGAAAUCAAACACCACUUAAGAGCCCUAGGGCUGAAAGACAUCUUUGAUGAAUCCAGAGCUGAUCUCUCUGGUAUAGCUUCAGGAGGCCGUCUGUAUGUGUCCAAAAUGAUGCAUAAGUCCUACAUCGAGGUCACUGAGGAGGGCACGGAGGCCACUGCUGCCACAGGAAAUAACAUCGUAGAAAAGCAGCUGCCCGAGUCCAGGGUGUUCAGAGCUGAUCGCCCGUUCCUCUUCGUCAUCAGGAAGGAUGACAUCAUCUUGUUUAGUGGCAAAGUGUCUUGCCCUUGAAAAUCCAGUUGGUUUCUAUUAUAGUAGUCCCUACCACAUUAAGGAGCCACCACAAGAGGAUAGAUUUAGGUGUAAUUGAAACAUGUGGUGUUUCCUUUGUGUUUAUUUCCUUUUAAUAUCGAUCGGCAGAUGAUUUUGGAGACUUGACCCUUUGCAGACACUUGGUUGAUUAUCCUGACUCUGCUUUAGCCUAUCUACCACUGUGUGCCUCAUGUAUUUCUAAGUUCAUUCUCCUUCUGCCCCAACUCAUUCCCAUCAUUCCUCCCCGCCUCCCCACUCCCAUCCCCAUAUCCCCUUGCAACCUGGAGCUGGGCAUCAUGUCGGGGAACUUCUGGUAAUGACAAUGUGGAAACAGCCUAGGGAUUUGCCUGAAACUCUAUAGUUAUCCCAGUUAUUCCAGUUUCAUUGCAAAAUGGGCUUGGAAGACAGCCCAGCUACUGAAUGUCAGUGUGAAGGAUAACCUUUCCCUGCUGACCUAAGAAGACACUGGAGAGUUUCCUUCCACAUAUCUGAUUUGAAAUCAGUGUUGAAUUUAGAUGCCAAAAAAAUACAGAUUUGGGAUUGGGGGACAACUGAGAUAUUUCAUUAAUAAUUUCAAGUUCCUAUCUUUUGGGCUUCCCUUGAUAGAGACUUUUUUUCCUUGAUAAAGACUUAACAUGUACAUAGUUUUUCCAACAUUAUGUAUCUUUGAACUUUGCCAUUUGUUAUUUACAGUAUAUAGUUCACGUGGUGUAUAGUUUAUUCUCUGUUUGUCAGAAUAAAUAAAUACAACAUG